CUGAUUUGAUGUUGGUGUUUUCAGUUUCCAGUACAGUAAUGGUAUUUGGAUAUGAAGCAACCAAAUUGCACAAAGAACAAAAGAAUAGGAUGAGGAGAGGGAACAGUGAAGCCAUAUGUGAAGCUUCGAUUGAAUGGAGUCCAUUGAGCAUUACAUUUUGUGCAGUGUGUGGCAUCUUGGGUGGCACCGUGGGGGGCUUGCUCAGCUCUGGUGGAGGUUUCAUUUUGGGUCCUAUUCUCCUGGAGAUUGGUGUCAUUCCACAGGUUGCCAGUGCAACAGGGACAUUUGUCAUGAUGUUCUCUUCAUCGUUAUCUGUACUGGAAUUCUAUCUGCUCAAGAGGUUCCCUAUCCUCUACGCUUUGUACUUGACGGGAGUAUCUAUUUUGGCGGGCUUUUGGGACAGUACAUUAUAAGAAAAAAAUAAUAUUAAUCCUAAAAAGAGCUUCCAUUAUCGUCUUCAU